UGUUUACCAUCAAAAUUGCAUUUAUUAGGGGAAAAUUGUGUCUUAAUUAUGGUAGGAGGGCUAUUAUUUACGGGACAUGUGUACAGGUGACCCCAAAGCUUCCUUUGAUGCCAGCUGGAUCACUCUACCUUUUAAGUCAACCCCGAAAUCAUUACUGUGCCGUUACCCUCCGUGAAAAUCGCUGGCAUUUUCGUAAAUAAAAAAAGAAAGGAGGACAUUUGCGUAGUUCAAAUUUACCACCACCACAAAGGCACAAGCUCAUCGCUUGUCUGGCAUGGCCGUGAACAAACAACACUGAAACUGUGACCGAUAAAAGAUGGAGAGAGAAACAACUUUCUUUUUUCCGCUGCCUGUUAUUUCCAGAAUUCAAUGCUCUUCUUCUCUUAAACUCUGACGCUUUUUUUUCUUGAAGGUAGUAAACAAGAAAAAUAGAAAAAGAAUCAAUUCAGCAUAAAAGCAAGGGAAAUUUCCUGAUGAGUAGUGAACGAAGAAGCGUGACAGAUAAUCUUCUAGAGUGAGUAUGCAAUUUUCUGGAUAGAUCCUGGGAAGCAGCUUUCGAUCCAGCUUGAAACCGUUGGUUUAUUUCUUCUCAAAUUUUGGCUACCUAUGACGAUUCUUUAAGGAAAUCAGCUCUAGCUUUUUUUGAGCAAUGCAAGUAGAGAAGCCUAAUGGAAACAUCAAAGUUCCUGUUUUAGUGAACCUUCUAGCUUAGAAAGAGAAAACAUGUUUCAGGUUUGAUUGAGAGGAAAGGAUGGCAUCUUCGUGGGAACAUAUUGGAGAAAUUGCAAAUGUAGCCCAGCUCGUGGGCUUUGAUGCGGUGCGGUUAAUAGCUAUGAUAGUUAAAGCUGCAAACACAGCGCGAAUGCAUAAGAAGAAUUGCAGGCAAUUCGCACAGCAUCUCAAGUUGAUUGGUAACUUGCUGGAGCAGCUCAAGAUCUCGGAGCUUAAGAGGUAUCCUGAGACACGGGAGCCAUUGGAGCAGCUUGAGGAUGCAUUAAGGAGGGCUUACAUUUUGGUCAAUAGUUGUCAUGAUAGGAGCUAUCUGUAUCUUCUGGCCAUGGGAUGGAACAUUGUCUAUCAGUUUAGGAAAGCUCAGAAUGAAAUCGACCGAUAUUUGAAGAUUGUUCCUCUUAUUACUCUGGUGGAUAAUGCUCGAGUGAGGGAGAGACUAGAAGUUAUUGAGAAAGAUCAGCAUGAGUACACAUUGGAUGAAGAGGACAGAAGGGUGCAAGAUGUUAUACUGAAACCAGAACCCUCCAAAAAUGAUGCCAUGCUUUUGAAAAAAACUCUUUCUUGCUCAUAUCCUAACUUGUGUUUUAAUGAAGCACUGCAAAAGGAAAAUGAAAAGCUUCAAAUGGAACUCCAACGAUCACAAGCAAAUUAUGAUGUGCAGCAGUGUGAAGUAAUCCAACAUUUGCUUGAUGUAACAGAAGUUGCUGCUGCAACUUCUGUUCCAGAUGAGACUUCAUCCAUGAAAGGGUCUAAGAAAGUUGAGCGUAAUUACUCAGAUGCCAAUAGUGAGAACGGUCAUUCAUAUGAUGAAAGCUCUCCUAAGAAGCCUGAUUCUUGCACAACUUCAAGAAACACAUCUUCAGUUUCAUCAGGUCAUGAUCUGCUGUCUGAUAGAGGUUCGUAUCGGUAUGAAGAGUGGCAUGCUGAUCUACUUGGUUGUUGUUCAGAACCAUAUCUGUGCAUAAAGACAUUUUUCUUUCCUUGUGGUACAUUUUCAAAGAUUGCUACUGUGGCAACAAACAGGCACAUGUCUUCUGCAGAAGCAUGCAAUGAAUUGAUGGCGUAUUCAUUGAUAUUAUCAUGCUGUUGCUACACUUGCUGUAUUAGAAGGAAGCUUCGCAAGGCUUUGAACAUUACGGGUGGAUUUAUUGAUGAUUUCCUCUCACAUUUGAUGUGCUGCUGUUGUGCCCUUGUUCAAGAAUGGCGAGAAGUAGAGAUGCGUGGGGUUUAUGGUGCAGAGAAGACCAAAACAAGCCCUCCACCAUCACAAUUUAUGGAAUCAUGAGCGACAGGACUGAAAGGCUUAUUUUAUUAUGAUGGCUGUAUGGUUUUCAUAUAGCAGAAUGUAGAAAGUAACCUCUACUUGCUACUAUCAAAGUGAAACUGUAACUGCGACUGCUUCUCCAUGCAUUGGAGUCUGUCAUGUCUACAUAAUGUAAAUUAGUCCAAUUAUUUUAGGAGAUUCCGCAUAUGUUGUAUCAUACUCUAAUUUUCAACACUAUGGUGGUUUUGGAUCCAUGUCUUUUCAGAUUUAAUCAAAGAACUACUACUGCCGAACUGCUAACUACGCACUUCAACAGGAAUCAAAAUCUCUUUUUUUU